ACUGUUGUUUACCUGCAUUAAUAUUUGCUUUUUACUCAAAGUCCGAUAAUAUUUAAGGCUCUUUACCUGUGACUUCGCUUCUAACGUCGUCGGUAACAUGACUUCUCUCGAAAUGCGCGCUCUGCCCGGAGCCGGAGAGAACCCCGUGCCGAUGGGCAAAGCGGCUGUAGCGGGUCCUAGGAGAGUGGCGCUGGGGGAACUCACAAACUUCAACGCUGCAGCCCUCAAAAAAAAGAGAGGAGUUGCUAAAUCCAAGCCCCCUGCUGCUCUGAAGACCAGGCAGAUUGAGAAGCAGCCUGAGGCCCAGCCCCAGCAGGUGGAGGUCCUAGCAGCCACCAAGGCCCCUGAGGGCCCGCAGCAGCUGGACGCUUCCACAAAGGAGGAGAGCGAGCUGUGCCAGGUCUUCUCUGAGGUGCUGCUCACAGUGGAGGAUGUGGACAAACAGGACUCUGACUUGCCUCAGCUCUGCUCUCAUUAUGUCAAAGACAUCUACAAAUAUCUGCACGAGUUGGAGCAGCAGCAGACCGUGCGGCCACACUACAUGCAGGGCUAUGAGAUCACGGGCCGCAUGAGGGCUCUGCUCAUCGACUGGCUGGUCCAGGUGCACUCCCGGUUCCACCUGCUGCAGGAGACUCUGUACCUGACUGUGGCUGUGCUCGACCACUUUCUGCAGGUGCAGCCAGUGUCUCGCAGGAAGCUGCAGUUGGCUGGGGUGACAGCCAUGCUGGUGGCCUGCAAGUUUGAGGAAAUGAGUGUUCCGGAGGUGGGAGACUUCGCCUACAUCACAGACAACUCCUUCACCAAAGCUCAGAUCCUGGAGAUGGAGCAGGUGCUCCUGAGGACCAUCAAGUUCCAGUUGGGACGACCUCUGCCUCUUCACUUCCUGCGCAGGGCAUCCAAAGUGGCCAAUUCUGAUGUGGAGAGACACACUCUGGCCAAGUACCUGAUGGAGCUGACUCUGCUGGACUAUGACAUGGUUCACCUCCGUCCGUCUGAGAUCGCGGCUGCAGCUCUGUGCCUGUCGCAGCUGCUGCUCGAGUGGCUGCCCUGGUCUCCCACUCAGCAGCACUACUCCACUUAUGACGAGGCCCACCUGAGGCCCAUCAUGCAGUGCAUCGCUAAAAAUGUGGUCCAGAUCAAUGACGGCAAGACAAAGUUCACGGCGGUGAAGACCAAGUACUCGAGCAGUAAACUGAUGAAGAUCGCCCUGAUCCCUCAACUCCGCUCUCCCAUCAUCAGGAGCAUGGCGGCUGCAGUGGACCAGACUCACUGACAGACCAAAACUGAGGACAAUAAUGCACUUUUUUCACUCCGUCCUAGGGAGACAUGAUUUUUAGAUUGCUUUUUUAACUUUUUAAAAUUAAUACUUUUACAGCUUGAUCACUCUCUAGUCACUUUGAAUAAUUCCAGAAUUUUACCUUCGUUGUGAUGUGUACAUAAUGUUAUGGUUUGCAAGAUUUAAAAUAAAUGUGUACUCAAUUCAU